GGGGCGGGCGGGGGGGGUCCUGCCGGGCAGGCCUGGGCUGGCGGGCUCGCUGACGGCGGCAGGUGCUCCGCACCGACCGCGACAACGCGCCUGCGGGCUCCUUCCGCAAAGUUUGCGGACGGGAGGAGGAGGGGAGCCGCGGCGGGACUGCAGCAGCCGGGCUGGAAAUGCCCCUGAGGAGCCUCCUGCCAACGGCGGGGCUGCGGCAGCGCCGCUGAAGCCCGCGCUGGCCGCCCGCCUGCCGGGGCGCCUCCUCCUCCGGGGAAGGAAGGGACCGAGCCGGCCCGCUCUGCGGCUGUGCCGCCUCCGCGCCCCUGCGGGGCUCGCCUCUUCCCAGGCUCCGGCUCCGGCUCGGGGGUUUUGCCCUUUCCGGCCACCGGGCCUGCGGAGUGCGGUCCUGCGCGCCCCGCUCCCGGCUCCGCGCCGGCGCCCGCCGCUGCCGCCUGCACGCCCCCCCCCCCCCCCCGCGCCGGCCGGGCAGGUCGGUGCCCGCUGCGGCGCCCGCUGCCCCCGCCGCCGGAGCCCGCCGCAGCCCCGCACGGCUGCAUGCCCGCCGCGGUCUCGGCACGUCUGGAUUCGCUGGAGUCCUGGGCCUUCCAUGCGCUGCUGGUGCUACCCUAUAUGUUUUACGUGGGCUUGUUCUUUGUCAACGUGCUGAUCCUGUACUAUGCCUUCCUGAUGGAGUACAUCGUUCUCAAUGUAGGCAUCGUCUUCCUGCCCGAGGAUAUGGACCAGGCUCUGGUGGAUCUGGGGGUGCUCUCCGACCCUGGCUCCGUGCUCUACGAGACGGACAGCGAGCUGGAUGUCUUUGAUGGGUACUUGGAGUGACGCCCCUGGGCGCUCCGAAGCGGCUGCGGGGUGACGCCGCCCGGCCCGGGGCUGGGGCCGGCUGUCCCGGCAUGGCCGUAGCUCGGGGACCGCCGCGACCCCGGGAUGCCCUCGCUGCGUCUCGGCUCCUUCUGGACAGCACCUUCCCUUCCACAUGCCGCUCCCCCCCCCUCCCCGCCGCCUCCCCCCGUUGCAGAGGCGGGGCGGGGGGGCCCGGGACCCGCUGCCGCCGGGCAGAGCCGCGGAGACGCAGAGGGCUCG